ACUCGCAGUCAACCGAAUCCGAGACUCUGUAGUGAGUGCAUGCUGCCGCUGGGGCCGAAGGAUUCCUCGCUCUCUAAUUGCGGUGGCGAAUUCAAAACAGAGCGCACGAAGGAAGGCUCUGUGUGUCUCUCUGGGGGGCAGACUGAGGCCUCCAGAGAAAGAGACCGAGAGGCCAAACCAGCCAGCGAUCGUCGCACGCGCUGCCACUCUUCGGUCGUCGUCGAUUGUCUGCCAAUUCCAACUUCUGUUCUCGUCCGAGUGCCUCGUGAAUGCGGGGCCGGUUGGAAUGAAUUGUCGAAAAUGUUGUCCUUGGUGCUUCGGAGGUAGUGUGCCGGGGAGAGACGAGGCAAGUGGUGGUUGAGGCGAAUUUCUCCAGGAGGGACGUGUGGGCCUCCGACGACCGGCUUUCGUGCAAUCUCCGUCAACUUUCUUGUGGUGUAGGAGUGGGUGGAGAGUGGAUUGCCAAUAGGCUGAAGGGGGAAUUUUUUACGUUGGCGAGAUGCGGGUGAAAGCGAAGGAGAGCUUAGCAGCGGCGAGAGAAGCCAGAGAAGCGCAGAUUAGAGCAGCAGCUAGGAGGGCGGAGAAUGGCGGUAACGAGAAUGGCAGGAAGAGGAGGAGGAGGGGGAACUCCAUAGAGUCCACAAUGUAUGAUUCUUCAGACAGUUACGAGAACCAUGUCAUUGAUCUUCGAGGAUCUCCGAAUCGCGCGAACGGAAUAGACGAUGGUGAAAGCCCUCUUAGAGAUGCUCAGAGCGAAGGUGAAGGCUCUUUGGAAAAUGGCAAUGCCCGAGUGGAUUGUGAUCUAGGGCAUUAUCUGUCAAAUGGUAACGGAAGAAGUGGUAAGCACCGCCAUGUAAUAAGAAAUGAGAGUCCAGAAGAAGAGGAGUACGAUGAGCCUUUGAAACCAAGGGAACAUGACUUUGUUCCAGGCCAACUAGUAUGGGCCAAGUUUGCCCGUUUUCCAUGGUGGCCAGCUCAGGUGAUGGAUGCUAGAGAUGCUGUGGAAGGUACAGGAGGAAAACCAGGUGCAGACACUGAUCUACUCGUGCGCUUCUUCGGCACUUAUGACUAUGGCUGGAUUGAUCCCUUCAAUAAUUUAUCGGAUUUUGAUGUGAAACUCACUGAGAGAAGCAAGAUUAGGAAGAAAGCUCUACAGAAAGGAGUUGAAGAGGCCCUGAUUUGGAGGAGUUCUGGAGCACUUCCUGAAAAAUGGGAGCAGACCUCUAAAAGUAUAAAACAAAAGCGGAAAGAGAACACUCAUAGCAAUGGUGUAGUAUCAUCAACAGUGGAAGUCAAGGAGUCAAGAACGGAUGCUGAAACCAAAGAAAGACGAGCACCCAGAAAAAGAAAACCCAAAGUUUUGUUCGAGGAGGAGGGUAGAAUUCAGCGUAAGCCACAAAGAAUGCAGAGACGCUUGCGUAUUAUGCGUCAACUCGGGCUUGCAGCUCCAGCCGGUUCACCGUUCACUGCAGAUUUCUUAAGGACUUAGGAUGUAGGCUAGGUACCAGUAGAUUUUCACAUGUUUUAGCUUUUAUCAUUUAGGUUUACCACCAGCUCAUGAAUUGUUGUCACAGAGUUCAUUUCACAACGGCAUAUGUGUUUGAUCAGUCCAAUCCAGUCAGUGACCUUGUCGAACUAAGGGCUUGUUGAAACUCAACCCAUCUAACCCUUCAUUUCUAGAGAUGAACAUCGAGUUUGGAAGGUGGCGAGUUUGCAUGAUUAUGUCUCUCAUCCAUUACAAUCAUUGUCCUGAGUAGACCUUUGCUCACAGGCUUUUGUAAGCUAAGCAAGAUUGUCCUCUCUUUGGAAAUGACUUAUCAAUUACACCCUUAUCAUAAAUUUUGAUUUGCCAAGCCAAGCCAAUUUUUAGCUUCUCAGAUCCUCUUUCCUCAGUACAUUACCCCCACCUUGAAUCCAUGGCACAUGGUACUGAGAUCACUGUGUACUUACUGAAACUGAAGAUGGAUAAUUUUUUUCACCUCUAGACUGAACCCUCAAGCAAACUUCUAGAAGCCUGGAAUGCCUUAGAACAUUUACUUUCUGACUACUACAUAUAAGGUAGGUUCACAUUUUUAUUUUUGUUUACUUUUUCUAGUCGAGAAGAAGUACUAUUAUACCAGAUUUAAUGUAAAAGUAAACGUCUGAAUUACGAUUGCCGGUAGUGCAUAUUGAGCAU